AUGGAGCAGAACUCAGUCCAAACCACACCUAUCACUAUGGAGCAAAACUCAGCCCACACCACACCUACCACCAUGGAGAGAGAGCUGGAUGAGAUGCAGUACAUGGGCGUCAUCGGCAUCUACAAGGAGAGCUUCAAGCUCAUCUUCAACCUCCGCAAAAUCUUUGCCCGGAUAACCCUAACCCUAAUCCUCCCCCUCUCCAUCAUCUUCCUCGCCCAGAAGCAUGUCUCCGACCUCCUCUACCAUAAAAUCCACUUCUUCCACAACCUCGGCUUGCCUGCCUACAUCGCCCUCCACCUCCUCUACUUCAUCCUCACCCUUCUCUUCUCCCUCCCCUCCACCUCCGCCGUCAUCUACACCGUCGCCUGCCACUAUGCCUCCCUUGACCUCUCCUUCAAAAAAAUCACGCGCGCCGUCCCCCGAGUCUUGACGCGUCUGGCCGUCGCGUUCGUCUGCGUCGUCCUUGCCUUGGCCGCCUACAACAUCCCCUUUGGAGCCCUUUACUAUGUGUGCUGGGGCCGCCCCAUUUUCAUGUUCAUUCUCGUGAUGCACACUAUGGGGGUUGUGCAGCUGAUUGUCACGUGCCAGCUGGCGGUCGUGGUGUCGGUGCUGGAGGAUAGGGGGUUCGGGGCUUUGGGUAAGGGGAACCGGCUGACGGAAUGGAGGAUGUUGGAGUUGUGUUAUGUGCUUGGGGUGGUGGACGCGGCGAUUCUCGGGGUGAAUGUGGGGUUCAUGUUUUUGGUGAUGUGGGGGGGCAGCAGGCACGUGGCAAUGGAGGUGGGGUUAGGUGCGGUGUGCGUGGUGGUGGUGACGCUGGCGAUUCUGUUAGGGGUGGUGGCGCAGACGGUGGCGUAUUUCGUGUGCAAGGCGGAUAAAGAGGAGAGCGUCGACAGGGCGGUGCUGGCUGAGCGCUUGGGAAAGUACGAGGGAUCAUCGGCGGUUCCAAAGGAUGAUGUCCAGACGGAGGAGGGAUAUCGUGUCUGA